ACAAUAAGAUAACUCAGGAGUUUUUCCACAAAUAAAGCUUAGCCCUAAUUUUUAAUUGAUACGAAAAUGUUCUAGAGGCAGGCAUGACAAUAAGUAUUUCUCAAAUAUAUUAACUUACUUAAAAAAUAUUCUGUUUCCUUCAUCCAUAUCCUAUGUCCAAGCUGGAAAAUGCAUCGGGUAAGAAACUUGUGACUGAACGUGACUGAAAAUGAAGGAUGAACGCACCAAAUAUUGACAAUGUUUUCAAUAGCAGAUAUCGAUUGCACAUCGGUUAUUUGUACCAUGGAGUCUAAUCUAAUGCUUCUUUUCACAAGGGUGAUUGCUUCACUAUCUGUGUUGUAACACACUUCCUGUUCAUCCAGACUGGCAAGCUCAAUGUGACUUUCAGGUCGGCUUGUUCAUUGGCCAUGAAAGCUUUCCCAAUUUAUUCAGUUCUCGUAUGAUUUGCUGCACUACAUUUGACAAAGGUAGAUAAGGCAGUGGAGAGUUAUAUAUUUCCUUUCAGGGUGGGUGCGUGGCUCACUUGAUUUCAGUCAAAACUUGGUGGCAUUUCCAGAAUUUAUUUGCUGCGAAGUAGAUCAAUUACUUCUAGACGCUGGUUGAAAUUGGGAGAUGCCAGCUCAGAUCUGACUAGGAAUCUACUCACAGAGGGGUCUGGCCUAUCAUCCUUACCAGCAUUAGGAUGCCCAUGGAUGGAUAAAAGGUAGUUUCCUGGAUAUAUUUGACCAAAAGAAGAGCCUCAGAGGAAGAUGGAAGUGGCUGUAACAGGAGCUCUGCUCCUUCUCUGGGUUCUCUUCAUCUUCAUUUUCUAUUCCUUAAAAAUGUACAAGAAGAAAAGUCAGCUACCUCCAGGCCCCACUCCCUGGUUCUUCCUGGUGAACCUGCUGCAGAAAGAUGUCAUGCCUCUGAGCAAAAACUAUUCAAAGCUGGUUGAGAAAUAUGGCCCUGUGUUCACUGUCUGGAUGGGACCCAAACCUAUGGUCGUGCUUUGUGGAUUUGAUGUGGUAAAAGAUGCUCUGAUGGAUCAUGCUGAAGAGUUUGGUGGGCGUAUUAGCAGCCCCAUCAGUGAACGAAUGACCAAAGGCCAUGGGAUAGACAACUCUAGCGACAUGCAAUGGAGAGAGCUGCGCAGAUUCACAGUUAUGACACUGAGAGACUUUGGAAUGGGGAAGAGAUCAAUGUCUGAGAGGGUACAGGAGGAAGCUGUUUGCCUGGUGGAGGCACUGGCAGCCACAAAAGGACAGGGCUUUGAUCCGACAACUAGAAUCACAUCCGCUGUUUCCAAUGUGAUCUCAUCAGUCAUCUUUGGGACUCGCUUUGACUACGCAGACAAGACCUUCCUAAAGCACCAACGCAUUAUAGAGAACCAAGUUGUCUUCUUUCAAUCUUUCUUGGGACUGCUGUACUCUGCUGUCCCUAAAAUAUUAGACUGCUUUCCUGGAAGGCACCAAAAUGCUUUUUCUGAUACUGAUGAGUUGUGUGCUUUCAUCCGUGAGAAUGUGAAAGUACACAGGCAGACGCUGGAUCCUCAGAACAUCCGUGACUAUAUUGACUGCUUUCUUAUCAAGUCUGAGAAGGAACAAAAGUCUGCGAGUGACACCUUCAGAACUGAAAACCUUGUCAUGACAGUGUUUGGCCUUUUUUUGGCUGGGACAGGAACCACAAGCGUUUUCUUGAUCUCUGGCCUCAUGGUGAUGGCUAAGUUGCCACAUAUUCAAGCAAAAGUCCAACAGGAAAUUGAUGAGGUGACGAGUGCCACCCGUGCCCCUAGCAUGGAAGAUCGUGUGAGGAUGCCUUUCACCAAUGCAGUUAUCCAUGAGAUUCUACGAUACCCACAAAUAAGUAAUGAGACCAUUCCCCGUACAACGUCUUGUGAUACAAAAUUCAGGGGGUUCACCAUCCCUAAGGGCACUGCUGUUGCUCCAAUGUUAACAACUGUGCACCGUGACCCUCUCCAGUGGGAGACUCCCAAACAGUUCAACCCAGGACAUUUUUUGGAUGAGAAAGGCCAGUUCAAGAAGAAAAAUGCCUUAAUAGCCUUUUCAGCAGGGAAGCGGGCAUGCAUUGGGGAAGCCUUGGCGCGGAUGGAGCUCUUCCUGUUCUUCAGUACUCUACUCCAGAACUUCACCUUCCAGCUGGUUGGAGCCGCAAAAGAUAUCGAUUUAGCCUCUUUGUUUAUGGAGUUCAAUGCUAAAAAUGUCUGUCCUCUGAUGAAAGCCAUCAGACGUUCAGUGUGAUCUUGUGACAAAAGAUAAGCAGAAAGAAUGUGGUCAGUGGCUCCCAGAAUAUUUGUAGUAGGUAUAAUAGGAGUACUGCGAGGUGCCUUCCUUCACUCAUUCAACACCUCUCAGUUUCACAUAAGGGUAAUAGCCCUAGAUAUCAGGUAUUAAAAGUUUUCUUAGCAUGGCAAACGAGAAGAGCCUUAGACCUUUCAAUCCCUAAUGUCCAGUCAACUGUUCAUGGGCUCAUUGGCACUUAAUAAAAUGUGGCAAAGGAUCA